CAGAAGAGUGUGACAUCUUCUGCAUGAAUUUUUUUUGUUGUUUUCAAUUGAUGCCAUUAUGGCUGAAGAAGUAAAGGUAGUUUUAAAAAGAAGUGAAGAUUCAAGUUUUGGUUUUUCGUUGUUGGGCACGUCUGGAUUGCCCCAUGUUAUUUACGAUAUCAUCGAAAAUUCACCAGCUGCCGAAUGUGGAGUGGUAGAAGCCGGCGAUGUUAUUGUUAGGGUAAAUGGAACAGAUGUACAUCACUUUACAACCAAAGAAGUGUUAAAAUGUUUACGGCUAUCACAAGAUCCCGUAACGUUGGAAUUAAAAAGAGAUCCUAAAAUAAAGGAACAUGUCCAAAAUUACCUAGAGGGCAAUCAACAUUCGGAUAAAAAUCGCAUAAAUUCAACGUCGUCACAUGUGUCGCGUUCAAGCCAUCGAGUGACAUCAUCAGAACCAAAUCAAUCCAGACCAUCACGCAUUCCAACCAUAAUACGCAGUCCAAUACAUAGCUCAUCAAAAAGUUGUCCACAGUCACCGCACGAUCAAAAAUCGAACAAAACAUCACAACAAAUUCAAAGGUCAAACGGUGGCAGUUCAAGUAUAUUCGGUUCACAUGAAUCGUCUGUGAAGAAAAAAUGCGGCUUUGAAGCAUAUAUGAUGACCGGUGAUUUGAUAUUAAAUCUAUCACGUAAUCAACAAAGUGCUGACAUUCUAACCACACAAUUUAAAAAGAUUGAUAGUUUAAGAGACUCAUCGAAACGAAUGAAUCGACCGAGCAAUGGUAUUGCGCCUCACGCAAAAGGUGAAUCAAGCCCAUCGCCAAGUUAUUCCGAAAACAGUGAUUUAGUGAGCUCAAUCAAAAAAAUUGAUGUCGCUUCGCCAAAAAUAGGUUCAAAACCAUUCAAAAAACAAUCCAAUAGUAAUGAAAGUGAUGUAUAUGUGAUUAAAAAUGAAUUUGAUUCGGGUACACGACCUGAAGUGGUCAAUUGUAGCGAUAACGUUGACUGUUCAUCGAUCCACACAAAAUAUGAUAGCGUGCAGCCAAAUAAUGUGUUCAAAAUGGAACAGCUGCCAAAAUGGAGCAAAAAUUCGAUACAACAUGACGAAAUGAAUUCGAAAAGUAGCUCUAGCCAAACGAAUUCCACAUCAUCCACGUCAUCAUCAUCCACAACAAAAACUGACGAUAGCACUUCCGCUGAAAAUUGUUUAUCGUUGCCAACAUCACCGGCAUCCCUAUCGACGCCCAUCGAAACGGAUGUAGUAUUUCGUCGAAUGCAACAAUCGAAUCCAAUUCGAAAAUGUGAUGUAUCUGGUUUUCGAACCAGCCGAUCCGAAGAUCAUUUACAACAUACUCAACGAGAUAUUAUCGAUUCGAUUGUACCAAUCGAUGUCGACGAAGAUGUUAAUUCAUCGUUAAAUACUCUGCUCGAUACACGUGAUGAAUCGGAAAGUACACAAAGUUCCAGUGAUCGUGAACGAAUUGUAUGGACAUACAAUGCACCGAUUGUUACAACACAAGCAACAACAGCCACAAAUAAUUCACAAUCUUUUUCAAGUUCAAUCAGUUCAUCGCCACAACACACCGAUACACCGGCAUCACCAACAUCCGUAUCAAGUUCAAUAAUGUCAUCAAAUUCGGGCUCAAAGGAUGCCCAUGGUACAUCAAUUGGUACAACACAAAAUUUAGUUUGUCCCGUUAAUUGUACGGAUCUUAGUGUAUCCGAAGCAGUAUCAAACAUUUCUAGUCCUGAUUAUCAAGACGAUGAAAAUUUGAUGAGCACAAAAGAUAUGUGCGGCAUUGGUAUUAGCGAUUUAAGUGAUUCAGAUUCAACAAUUUUAGUAUCGGAUAUGGCCACACAACCGGAUCGGAAACAUCGACACGAUUACAAGGUUAUGAUCAAAGUGAAAGGUGCAGAUAUGUCGCCAAACGGUGUUAAUGGAUCGGACUUUAAGGAUUCAGAAGACGAAUUAGCAACAUUAACGGAAGACAUGCCAAACAAUCAUAACGGUUUUGAAGGACAUGAUUCAUCACCACCCGUUUCGGACGAUGGCAGUGACGUUGAAUCGUUGCACUCGUAUCACUAUUCACCGAAAGCAGUUGAUCUACCAUCGGCUGUUCGACUUGCCAAACGGCUAUUUGGUCUUGAAGGUUUUAAAAAAAGCGAUGUAUCGAGGCAUUUGAGUAAAAACAAUGAUUUUAGCCGUGCCGUAGCUGACGAAUAUUUGAAGCAUUUUAAUUUUGCAAAACUCAAAUUGGAUGAGGCUCUAAGACUAUUUUUGAAACAAUUCUCUUUAUCGGGAGAAACACAGGAACGUGAACGAGUUUUGGUACAUUUUUCAAAACGAUAUUUAGACUGUAAUCCAGGCACAUUUAAUUCACAAGAUGCUGUCCAUACGCUGACAUGUGCAAUAAUGCUUUUGAAUACGGAUUUGCAUGGUCAAAACAUCGGCCGAAAAAUGACGUGUUCAGAAUUUAUUGAAAAUUUGGGCGAACUCAAUGACGGCGAAAACUUUUCGAAAGAUAUUUUGAAAUAUUUAUACCAAGCGAUCAAAGAACAUCCACUUGAAUGGGCACUUGAUGACGAUUAUUUGGAACAAAAGCAAGAUGGCGAGAAUAGCAACCAACGAGCGCAGGCAGCAAGUCUUUUAGAUACGCCACAAAAUGUGGCCGCUAUCGAACAUAAAAAAGGAUACAUGAUGCGAAAAUGCUGUUAUGAAACAAAUUAUAAAAAGACUCCAUUCGGAAAACGUUCAUGGAAAAUGUUCUUUUGUACAUUGAGAGAUUUAGUAUUGUAUUUACAUAAGGAUGAGCACGGCUUUAACAAAAAACAAAUGUCGGAUAAUGUGCACAAUGCAAUUUUCAUUCACCAUGCAUUGGCAACAAAAGCCACCGAUUAUCAGAAGAAGCAGCACGUAUUUCGAUUACAAACUGCUGACCAAGCCGAGUAUUUGUUCCAAACCAGUGAUUCAAAGGAAUUGCAGUCGUGGAUUGACACAAUCAAUUAUGUUUGUGCUGCAUUUUCAGCGCCACCGCUUGAGGGUGGUGUUGGUAGUCAAAAAAGAUUUCAGCGGCCUCUUUUACCGAACUCACAUACGAAACUUUUAUUGCGAGAGCAAUUAGCAUCACAUGAAGGGAAAGUUGCACAACUGACCAACGAAUUAACGGAACAUAAACGAAAUGCACCGCCAUCGAAAGGUCUUCAACUACAAAAUUAUGUUGAAAAAGAUAUGUACUUGCAAUAUGAGUUGAAGCGCUACAAGACGUAUGUGAAUAUUUUGAGUUCACCGCUAAACGGUGAUGGUCAAAAUAAUUUAUGCGAUGAGACGAAAAUAUUAAAUUUACAAUCGCAUAGCGUGAAUGAGCCCAAUGUCAAUUAUUAUCACCAUCAAACCAACCGAACAACUCCUCAAUAUCGGUCCACAGCUGAUGACUCAAACAAAUACGAACUGGCUAAUUUUUGAUGUACGAACUGGUUAAACAUUUCUGAGCAUUUAUAUAUUCCGAAUUUCAAUAGUAAACAGAAUUAGUAUUUAAAUUACUAAAACAGAUGAGAAAAAGAAUGAAAACACACUCACUCACAUCCACACCCACACACACACACACACACCAAGAUUUAAUAAAAUCUGUGAACGAGAGCGAGCGAGUAAAAAAAUUAUGAAAAUGCUAUGAUAUGAUAUGAAAACAGUAUGGAGUUCAUGGUUUUAAAAUAUAUGAAAUUCUGUUGCUAUUCUACUUUAAAAAAAAAUUAUAUGCAAGUUCAAGAGCAAGUAAAAAUAAUUUAAAUUUAACAAAUAAAAAAAAACAAAUGAUUUAUAAAAUCAUUAUACAUUCUGACACAGGCUAAAACUUUAGCUGCUGAAAAAAAAUGUGCAUAAGGUUCGGGAAACAUACACAAUCUAUAACGAAAUCGAAAGUAAACGAAAAUAUAGAAGUCAGAUCGAAUAUAAUAAAGCUGAAUUCGAAAAUGAAAUUA